AUGGAGCAAUGCAAUAACGAUCGUCCUUGUGUUAUCAGUAGUGGAAACUUUUUUCCCCAGAACUCCAAGUCGAAACAGCAGCAGCAGCAGCAGCAGCAGCAACAGGCAAUCAGCAAACAUUUAACGCAAAAGGAUGACCCACACCUGCACAGCCCGCACCAGGAUCAAUCGUCGCUUGGGGAGAUUGAGGUGAUUCUCGUGCAGCAGCACAAACAGGACGCCCUAUCGGUGAUAAUCCAUCCUCAGGAGAGCAUGCAGCAGAUCAACAUGUGCCUGGGCAGCCAGAACCCGGGCUCGGUCGAUUCGAUGAUGUCGUCCGACUUCCAGACGCUCUCGCCGAUGCACGAUCGCGACUCGCCGGUUAGCCUCAACACGAACACCUCCUAUGCGACGCUGACCCCGCUCCAGCCGCUGCCGCCGAUCUCGACGAUGUCGGACAAGUUUGCGUACUCGAUCGGUGGCAACAUCUGCGAGGCGUUCCCGGGCAUCAACAGCGGGGCGGUCGGUGUCAACAUCGAGAUCAACUCCUGCUACAACCUGGAGAAGCUCGGCGUCAUCCAUUCGCCGGUGCAUCUCGGCUCGGUGCAGGAACUCUCGCCCGGUGACGUGCACCAUCCGGAGCUGCAGGACGGCAAGGGGCAUGGGCUGAAGGAUGGCAAGCUGCCGGAGCACCUGGUCGCAACCGACAAGGACACGGAGGACGCGUCGAAGGGUGUCGAGCAGUGCAUUCUCGUGCGUGGUUCGCCACUACCGCCCAGCCUUGGUUCCGUCGACGAUCGGUUCCUCACCGCGACGGGGGGAGGGAAGGCGGACAUGGUGCGGCACCCGAAGGACGACAGUGACCAGUUCACCGGCACAGUGCAAUACCUGGAGCACCCGAGUGGGGCGGACGUGCUGCAUGCCGGCAGCAACGGAACCGGCCCCGGCGGGGGUGCCGACAGUGGUGGCGGAGGAGGUGGUGGUGGUGGUGGUGGCGGAGGUGGUGGCCGCAACGGGGGCGGUGGCGGUGGAGGCGGCAUGGGCGGCAUCCUGACAGGCGGCGGCAAGGAGCACCACCAGUCGGUGUUCCUUAACAAGUCUUUCAGUUCAAAAACCAACAUAAGCGACCUUAAUCUGUGUAAAGAGAUUGUUAUCGACGACGUGUACGAGGAGUCGGAGCUGGACCACGUGAAGCUGGAGGAGAAGAAGCUGGAGGAAUCGUGCAAUCAACAACUGACCAAUGGAACCGGGAUCGGCGGCGGGGCCGGCGGUCUCGGCAAGGGCGCGUCCUGCGUGUCGCUGGGCGACGUCGGCUGCAUAAACGGUGACAUCGAGGAGAUCAACACCAAGGAGCUCGCCCACCGGAUCAGCUCGGAGCUGAAGCGUUACAGCAUCCCGCAGGCGAUCUUUGCCCAGCGCGUACUGUGCCGGUCCCAGGGCACGCUGUCGGAUCUGCUGCGGAACCCGAAACCCUGGUCGAAGCUGAAGUCUGGCCGCGAAACCUUUCGCCGGAUGUACAAAUGGAUACAGGAACCGGAGUACCAGCGGAUGUCCGCUCUCCGGCUCGCAGCUACUCAAUCGGCGAAACCAGUUAACUCUAAGAAGCCAGAGGAACCCGAAACUCACGUCAUGAUGGGACACACGAAAAAACCUCGACUAGUGUUUACAGAUCUGCAGAGAAGGACCCUUCAGGCAAUUUUCAAAGAAACUAAGCGGCCUUCAAAGGAGAUGCAAGUUACUAUCGCUCGCCAGCUGGGGCUGGAGCCCACCACGGUCGGGAACUUUUUCAUGAACGCGCGGCGGCGCUCGAUGGACAAAUGGAAAGACGAGUCGAUGAAGGGCCGAAGCAGUAGCGACAAUGUUAUACUAGAGCACCUGAAGGACGAUUCGUCCGACGAGAAUCUGGGCUACGAUAGUGCGUUUGUCUCCGGGGAGGGCCCGCUGGAGCAUAACUAUCAGCAGCACGUUCUCAACUAAGCAAAAAACUUAAAUCAAUUCCCUUAUUUAAUUUAUAAAUUAACUAGAGAAAACAAAACAAAACUAAAGCAAAGACAAAACAAACAAAGUCACGACUAAAAUUUAGUAGAAACAAAACAACAAACGAUGCCCCGACGUUCGAAGUUGAACGUUGGAGAUCCACUAAUUUAAAGGAAAAGAGUUGAAGCAAGUU